GUUAUUUAUUCACUCUGUUGAUUCCGUUCUUGCAGAAAAAAAAUAUUCUAAGCUUUGAAUUUUUAGGGUUUUCACAAUGAUUUUAUAGUACAAAUAAUGUUUUUGUUGUUUUGAUAAAGACAAAUAUGUGUUUUGCUUAUCGGUUUAUCAAAUAAAUCAACUCUUUUUUUUUUUAAAUCCCCUCUUAAUUAUCAUGAUAACUUCUAGUUUUGUUUUCGAUUAUUUUUAACUGGGUUUUUGAGUUGGAAAAGAAUUCAACUUCUGAGACUUUUUAUGUUUAAAAGUUGCACCAUGUCAUUUUACUGUCAAGAAUAUUGUUGGUUGGCGUAAUGUAAUUUUUUCCAAAAAAGGGAAACGAUUUUUGGUUCCAAUAGUUUCUGUGCUUGAAGACACAUUAUAUAUGCUGUGCAAGUGCAAUCUUUUCUGCAAGGUAAGUUGAAUAUUUCCAAAUAUUCUCUUUGUUUAUGGUUUUGGUUGUUCCCUGGGAGUAAAUAUGGAAAUUACAAUAAUUAAGCAUGUUAUUUUUAUUUAAAUCAUAUUUAUGCAGAUUUGGAGAAAUGUCCAUUUCUGGCUCUGCUCUGUUCUCAUAAUCUUUACAGCUUUUCUAUUGUUGUAUUGGAAAUUAUUUUAUUUUAAUUUAUUAUAUUUUCCUUUUAUGGAUGCAAAGAAAAAGGAGGAAAAAUCGACAGAAAAGAAAGAAACCUCAAAAUCUUUGGUUCACUGAAUCUUUGACCUAGUGCUGUUAGAUUUUUAGUAUUUCUUCACAAAUACUAGGGUUUAGGUUCUGUAUUUUAGUCAUAUUUCUGUCCGUACAUCACUGGUAUAUUGAGAGCAUUGAUUUUCUUUUAUUAGCCCCAUUGAAGGGUAAUGUUCUAUAUAUCACAUGUUUUCUCUUGGUUUAUGCUUUUGUUUUCUUGGUUAUGAAUUUCCGGUGUUUUUGGGCAUUUUUUCUGAGAGUUGAACUUUGCAAUAUGUAUAUUCUUUGGCAGUGAAUAGAUUUAUGAUGGAUUUUUCUGUGUCCACAACCGCUGUUUACAAUAGAAUCCAGAAACUAGAACCCGAAAAUGCUACGAAGAUUAUUGGCUUUCUUCUUUUACAAGACGAUGGCGAGCAGGACAUGGCUCGGUUGGCUAUGGCUCCGGAACACUUGAUUCACCAAGUGAUACUGACAGCCAAGGCUGAACUUCAGCAGUUGGCUACCAAAUCAGUGUCAUCCCCACUUUCACCUUCCUUGAACCGGACAACAGGUGCUUUCACACCAUAUUCACCUAUUUCGUCUAGGCAUUUCUCAUCUCCGGCAGCUUUUCAAGUCCCAACUUCAUUUUGGGAUCGGCAACUAAUUGAUAGGCACAGCCCGGAUUUUAUGCCAUUGGGUUGCCCUGACUCUAUUGCUGUGCUGCAAAACCAGGCUCAGUUUUUGAGUUUGGAGGAUCAAAUGGAAUCAGUUAAUUCUGGGAUUUUAGGAUUCUCUAACGAUUGCUUUUACAGGGAUGCUGAAAUGUGCAGCUUAAGUGCUAGAAAUGGUAGAAGGAUUUCAAGCCUCGGUGAUUUUCCAGUUAAGAUAUGUCACUAUUUCAAUAAGGGCUUUUGUAAGCAUGGAAGUAGCUGUAGGUAUUACCAUGGACAAGUGAAUUCUGAUAGCUUCUAUGGAAAUGAUGGCCUUAAUGAUGAUCAUGUUUUGUCACCGGGGUCUCUUGAGAAGUUGGAGUGGGAAAUCACCGAGCUUCUUCGAUUAAGAAGAGGGAUUCCUAUUUCAAUUGCUUCUCUGCCAAUGAUGUAUUAUGAGAGAUAUGGAAAAUCUCUUCAGGCAGAAGGCUACCUAACUGAAAGCCAGAGACAUGGCAAGGCUGGUUACAGUUUGACAAGGCUUCUCGCUCGACUUGGAAACAGUAUUCGGCUGAUUGACAGGCCUCAUGGGCAGCAUGCUGUAAUUUUGUCGGAAGACUCUGCAAAAUACAUGGAAAAUCAGAAUGAGAAAGGUGGUCCUGGUCCUAUUGUUAGCGGUUCGCGACAAAUUUAUCUAACGUUUCCAUCCGAGAGCACUUUCAGUGAAGAUGAAGUCUCAAACUACUUCAACACUUUUGGUCCUGUUGAAGAUGUAAGAAUUCCAUGCCAACAGAAAAGGAUGUUCGGGUUUGUAACCUUUGUCCAUGCCGACACUGUGAAAACAAUUUUGGCAAAGGGAAAUCCGCAUUAUGUUUGUGGGGCUCGUGUUCUCGUGAAGCCUUAUAGGGAAAAAUCAAAGCUUGUUGAUAGAAAGUACCAAGAGAGAAUGGAACCUACAGCAUAUUAUUCUCCACACUAUACGGACAUGGAAUCCGAGUUCUAUUCGAUGUCAAGAAGCAGUGAUAACUCUAGAUUGUUAAGGAAGAAGCUUUUGGAGGAACAAGAAUAUGCACUUGAAAUUGAGAGGAGGAGGCUGACAGAGCUGCGUUUUGUGCAAAAGCCUGUGGCCAGUCAGCCGCAAUCUAGUUACUUCAUGGAUGGGCUAAAAGUAUCAGAAGAUAAUUUCAACUUCCCGUCUGCAGAAUGUUUCAAUAAUCUGUUGUAUGCUCUAAACAGUGGGUCUACAAGUGAUGAUAAACCCAAGCAUACAGAUACCAAUUACACUGACCAUGAUAGUCAAGGGCUUAAUCUCCCGGAUAGCCCGUUUGCAACCCGAUAGCUAGUGGCAUUUGAACACUCAUAUAGUUUCAGCAACGCGAAGAUUAUAGAGUUAGGUAACGGUUCAAAUGUGACAUAUUUUGUUUGACAACAUAACCUUCUUUCGUUUUCUUUGGCUUCAUCAACUUUUUGGCAAAGUGUCCUGCAAGUGCAUGCUGCCUACAGAAGAAACAUUAGAUGACAUUCCUCCCUAUCACACACGGGUUGACGGACAUAGUAAAGAAGAAUUCCUCGAUACGUAGAAGUAUAUGCAAGAAAGAUUUACAGUUUCUUAGUGUCAAGUCACAGAAAUAAGGCUUGAAACUGAUAUUUGUAAGUGUCUGAUGUAAUAUUUUAGUCUUUUAGUUGAACAAAGGAUCUUAGAAUAUUUCACCGUUUCAGAAGGUUUUAAAUUUGUUAAAAUCUGUGUCACAUUGAGCAAAAAUGAAAUUACCUUGAACCAUAUGUCAGCUAGAAAAUAUACCAACUGUAUAAUUUCAAUCGAAGUGGGUA